UCUUCUGGAAAACGUACGACGAGGCAACUGCGCGCAACGGCCAUAAGAGAGUCAGUGUCGCAGGCAGAUGCAAGGUACCCGUCCAUUGAGUGAAUAAAGCAGCCUCAAGUGCCCACUCGUAUCGAGGCAGUGAGACAAGUCACGCGACAUCACCUCACUUGGGCAACGAGCUUACCUUACCUUGCCUGAGACUUCAUCACCUCAACCUCAUCCCUUCUCCUUCGACUCAUCGACCAACAUCCAAACCACUACCACCACGCGCAACACUUCAACUCAGCAAGACCAACCUCACCUCACCAGUCCUUCUCCCAAGCACAACAACCACCCAACAUGACUCGCACUCAGAAGGCCAACAACCGUGACCACGUCGGUCUCGCCAAUGGCACAGCUGCUCCAGAAGAGCACCUGCCACGCUACUUCGCAAAGCACGGCUACGACGGCGUCAAUCCAUCCAGCACCAAGAAGCAAGGUCAAGGCCGCGGCAACUGGGGCACACCGGGCUACACUGAGCUCGACGACCUUCCAUACAACCUCACCAAGCCCAAGCGUCGCAGCAACUCGACCUCCAUGGCCGCAGGCCACAACCUCUUCAAGACCAAAUUCGAAGCCGAUGACGAUGUCAUCGAAUAUGACGAAGACAUCCACGGCCCAGAUCACGCUGAGUUGGAGAAGAUGAGCACCACCAGCUCCUCCGACACCAUCGAAGAAGAGGAAGUCGGCGUCAAGGACAAGGAAGUCGCGUCCAAGUAAGACACUCGAACAGAGAGAGAGGAGGAAUAAUACCGGAAAACCAAAGACACUGGCUCUGUACAGCACAACCAGAGACUGCUGCAGGAACGACUGAUUGAUCGAAUUGACAUGACUGUGAUCCUUACACAGAAAUGACAGGCUGGCGGCGGACCUCACUGCUGCCUUUCUGUCUGUUUCCCUGUGAGGUGAUUUUAACGAAACUUCUUCUUUGCUGUGCGGAGACUGUGCUACUACUGAGAUCAAGGGAACUCCAAUGAGACACGGCGAAAAGCAGCCGAGCUUCUUCGCUGGCGAGGACAGUUUUUCUCUUGAACUCUUUAUCAGGAGGAUGAGGAGGAUGAAUUGAGAUGACAAGAAUACAUCAAGCACAGAAUAACCUGUAAAACCAUACUGUAGUAACGAUUUCUCACACUUACCAGUUCCC